AUGUAUUAUCCUGAUGAUAGAGUAUGGCAAAAUAGGAAUAAAAAAUAUUCCAUACAAAAUUCAUUACCACGUUCUAUUCCACAAAAUUGUUUUAUUAGAACAGUUGAUCCAAAUAUUUCUAAUCAACAUCAAACUUAUAAUACAGUUAUUGAUGAUAAAACUGGACCAACUUAUGAAGAUCCUGAUACAUUAUAUGAUAAAAAUAAUAUUAAAAGAAUAAGUGAUAUUCCACCUCCAUUACCUCCUACAGCAAAUAUUGAAAGCUUACAACGUCUUAAAAGAUCUAUGCUUAAUAAUUCACCACUUGAUUCACUACAAUUAUUGAAAAAAUCUUCUUAUAACAAAAAAAUUUACAUCCUUCUUAUAAUUGUUUUUAUUAUGUCAAUAGCUUUAGCUAUAACUUUAACAUCAAUUGUUAUAAAAUUAAAAUAUCAACAGGAAAUAAAUGAAAAAGGUAUUUUAAUCAAAGAUAAAGAAAUUAGAAAGAGUAGUGAUAAAGUAAAAUAUGAAGUAUUAAUAAAUGGUAGUGAAUUAUUAAACCAAAUAACAGCAAAAAAUAAAAUUUGUAUUUUUGAAGUUUCAUCUGAUAGAGUUGAUGAAUCAAAGAAUGAUUUUAGAAGAGAACACAUUGAAUCAGCAAAAUUACUUUAUUAUGGAAAUCUUAGUCAUGUUGGUGUACCUGUUCAUCCACUUCAAUUUCAACGAUAUAUUAGAAGUCUUGGAGUUGAUGAUGAUUGUCAUGUAAUAAUAUAUGAUAAAGGUGAAAUAAUAUGGUCAACAUAUGCCUUUUGGAUUUUUAAAUUAUAUGGACAUGAAAAAAUUUCCAUACUUGAUGGAGGAAUGAUUGAAUGGAAAAAAUUACAAUUAACAUCAAGUAAAUAUCAUACAGAAAGUGGAAUAAGUAACUUUCUUUUUAAAAUGGGUAAUUUUAAAUCAAAAUGGAAUCCUAAAUAUAUCUUAACUUUUGAUGAUAUUCUUUCAAAUUUUGAUUAUAAAGAAUAUGAUAUUGUUGAUGCUCAAAGUCCUGAGGAAUUUAAUGGAUUAGAUGAUAGUGAUCUUAUUCUUGGACACAUCCGAACAUCAAAAAAUAUUCCUAUUGAAGAGGUCUAUGAAUGGUCUAUCGAUAAAUGGAAAAAUUCAACACAAUUAGAUGAAAUAUUCAAAAAAGCAGGUCUUUUACCUUCGCGUGCUAUUGCAGUAUAUUGCUCAAAUUCAUUAAGAGCAUCAUUAAUUUGGGUCGCAUUACAAAAAAUGAACUAUAAUGCUUCCGUAUACUUUGGUUCAUGGCCAGAGUGGUUAAUUCGGGCACCAGAUUAUCUCAAAGUAAUUCCAGUAGGCAGAUUAAAACAAUAA